AUGCGAAUGAACGCGGGGCUCAAUUACCAGGUGCGCCAGGGGGCACGAGACAUCCGGCAAAUUUACGGCGAAGAGGGCGGCUUGGACGCCAUGCGCCAGGCCAAGCAGGAAACUCUGCAAUCCAUCUACCAGAUUCUCUGCAUACACCUUGGAAAUCCACCGGCCAAUUUUAACUGGCAGUGGAAGGACAAGGAUGGGGAAUUCCACCGCGAUGGAGCUAUGACGCCCCUGGAGUUCGCUGAGAAGUACAUUACCACCCCCAUGGACGAGUACGUCUGCCUGGUUCACGAUCCGCGGGAGGGCAAUCCUCCGGGCCGUACUUACACUGUCCAGUAUCUGGGCAACGUGGUAGAUGGAACCCGGAUCAAAUAUCUGAACGUAGAUGUCGAACUUAUGAAGGACAUCGCCAUGCGUAUGCUGCAGGACGGCAUGCCGGUUUGGAUGGGAUGCGAUACCGGUAAGCAGAUGCACCGGGACAAGGGUUUGUGGGAUGCCGAUUUAUUCGAUUAUGGCAGUGUCUACAAUGCCGAGUUUUCCAUGGACAAGGCGGAACGUCUGGAAUAUCACCAAACGGCCAUGACGCACGCGAUGCUGUUUACCGGAGUGGACGUUGUUGAAGGCAAACCGCGUCGGUGGCGGGUGGAAAACAGCUGGGACGAUAAGGUGGGAGACAAGGGCUUUUUCCUGAUGAACGAUUCCUGGUUCGCCGAGUACAUGUUUGAAAUCGCCGCUCCCAAGAGCUACCUGCCCGAGGACUUACAGGCUGCCCUGGACGUGGAACCGGUGGUGCUGCCUCCGUGGGACCCCAUGGGGAGUUUGGCGGAAAGAUAG